AGCAAGCUGCUCCCACACCCAAGAUGAGAAUACAAUGUUUUCACCCUGAUUCCACCUUGGGGUGCAUUUUUUUUAUUAUUACUAGUAUUAUUAUUAUUUUUUGAAGACAUUAAGUCGUUUUGACCACCAGUUGUGAGUAACUGCAUGUUUAUAUUUCUUGAGAAAAUCAGGUUUGCCAGACCUGAUGCGUUUCUUUUAUGUGAUGCAAUGGAGCAGAUGGCAGCUGAAACCACUCUGAAACCUGAAAUGGAAGACAAAGGAGUAGCGAACAUAAAGGAUGACGAGCCUGCAUGGGCUAGAGAAGAAAGAUUCCAAAGUGUGAAUGCCUCUGCAGAAGACAAGCAAGGGGAAAGCAGUCCUCAGCAGCGAGGUGACAGCCUUUUCCCUCUAAAAGAGAGUCAAAGAAAAUCUCCUUCAUGUGUCAUGACAAGUGGUCUGACUUCCCCUCCGAAGAGUACCAUGGGAGUUGACUAUGCCGACAUUGUCCUGAACUGCCUCUUCUGCCGCUUUCACGACAUGGUCCCCAUGCUGCCUGAUUGCUGCCAAGGACUCACCAAUCAUUGUUGGGGCAGCUACAGGCAUGUUGUCCACACUGGAGAGUCUUUGCACAGUGACGAUGAUGACUCUUGUGUGGAACUGGAUUGUGGUUUGUUUGGGAACUGCCAAGAUGCGAGCGACUGUCUGGAACUGGCUAUGGAGGUUUCUGAAAUAUGCUACCAUUAGGGGAACCCCAAAGUCUGUGAGAAAGGCAGCGUUUGAGGAUUAAAAGACCCAAAUUGUCAGAGAAUAAUAAGAGGAAUAAUAAGUUUGAUGUUUCCCUAUGUAUAGCUCUAUGUAUGUGUGCACAGAUGGUUGUCAUGAGAUUGUAAUAAACUUGUUUUACAAAUUACAUACUAUCAUUGUUCUUUGUUAUGACGUGAUCAAAUGUGCACAUAACUCAGUUGUAACAGACAAGUGUUUUAAUACACAUUUAUGGAAAAUGUUCCCGAUUAAUGCUACUGAAUUAUGUUUUUUGAAGGUGCUUGCAAUUUGAUACACCAAUCUCUGCUGAAGUCAUUUUUAAUCUCUGUCACAUUGUUUCUUGUCUUGCCAUAUAUUGAAAUCACAUACCAUGUAGGUCUUUGAAGAAUUAUAUGUCUUCUUAUUCUAAAUUCUAAUUCUCUAUUCUAAAUGGGGUUUAUAUAGUGGGACCAAA